CUGUAGUAUCCAAACUUCCGCAUUCGGGGAUUUUUACUGGAUUGAAUGAAAUCAAGAAUUCUGUACUGGGUUUUUACUAAAUCGAACUUAAAAACAAGAUCGUGUCUGGUAGAACAAAUACAGAUAUUUAAUACGCUCCAGCUUGGCUACUAGGUAUAAAUAUAUAUCUAUAAAAACAACACGAGACAAGGAAUAUAUUUGAAAUAAUCGUCGCAUCUAUUGAGGUUAUCUGCGUCUAUACCAUAAUGAUGUUAAAGGCAAUUAUUCUGAUCGGCGGCCCUCAGAAAGGAACUCGGUUCCGGCCUUUGUCGUUUGAAGUGCCCAAACCUCUCUUUCCCGUGGCUGGUGUGCCCAUGCUCCAACAUCACAUCGAAGCUUGUGCCAAGGUGCCCAAUAUGAAGGAAAUCAUCCUGAUUGGGUUUUACCAGCCUAAUGAGGAGCUGAACCGCUUCAUAGCCUCUGCCCAGCAAGAGUAUAAACUCUCAGUAAGAUACCUACAGGAGUUUGCAGCACUGGGCACAGGUGGUGGCAUUUACCAUUUCCGAGACCAGAUCCUGUCUGGGGGACCGUCUGCGUUCUUCCUUAUGAAUGCUGACGUUUGCUCCGAGUUCCCUCUGCAGGACAUGCUCCGUUUCCACCACCAGCGUGGAAACUCUCACUGUGGAAUUAUUUUAGGCACUACGGCUAACAGAAAGCAGUCUAUGAACUAUGGAUGUAUUGUGGAGAAUCAGGAAACAAAUGAGGUGCUUCAUUUUGUGGAAAAACCCAGUACAUUCAUAAGUGAUAUUAUCAACUGUGGCAUCUAUUUGUUCACCCCUGAGAUUUUUGCCCACAUCGGAACAGUGUUUCAGAGAAAUCAAGAAGACCGACUGCUAGAGGAGCCUCCUUGUGGCAGGCAGUUGCGAGAACUCAUCCGCUUGGAGCAGGACGUCUUUACAAUGCUGGCCGCACAGAAACAACUGUACGUCUACAAAACGCAGCACUUCUGGAGCCAGAUUAAAUCGGCAGGCUCAGCGAUAUAUGCAAGCCGUUUGUACCUGAAGCGGUAUAAUGAGACGCAUCCGGAAAGACUGGCCAAAAACCAAGAUGGAGGCCCAAAAAUAAUGGGGGACGUAUAUAUCCAUCAGACUGCUUAUAUCGACCCCACAGCUGUUCUGGGUCCUAACGUCUCAAUAGGGAAAGGUGUAAUAAUUGGCGCAGGAGUUCGAGUGAGAGAAUCAAUUGUCCUACACGGCGCUACGCUGCAGGACCACUGUUGUGUACUUAACAGCAUCGUAGGCUGGGACAGUACGGUCGGAAGGUGGGCGAGAGUGGAAGGGACGCCAAGUGACCCCAACCCCAAUGAUCCCUACGCUAAAAUUGACAGCGAGACUCUGUUCAGGGAUGGAGGUUUGACUCCAUCAAUCACAAUACUGGGUUGCAAUGUGAAUAUUCCAUCAGAAGUCAUCAUUCGUAACUCGAUCGUACUUCCUCACAAGGAUCUCAACAGGAGCUUCCAGAACCAAAUCAUCCUCUAGAGAACCCUCUUGUCUUAAACUUGCGAACAGUAAAUUAGAAACAAUAUAGUGAUUAGACAGAAACAUAUGCAGUAUUUGUUGUCUACUGUUUUAGGUGUUUGUUAACCGCUCUGAUGGGUUUUUUGUUCUUUUUCUUUAUUCUUUAUUCUCUGUUUUUUUGUAUGGAAAUGUAUUGGUAUAAAGCACAUUAAUAAGGUGGUCUUAUGAAUCUACAUGGUAAAUGAAUGUAAGUAUUGUAAGUAAUAAAUUUCCUUCCCUAA